GGUAUUGAAGUGAACAAUAUUACAGCAAAAGUGACUUCUAGUUCACUUGGUGUGUCAAUUUCUUCCAGUUAUGGCACCACAAAAGGCUAAUAUUGCAAGAAAUUUGUUCCAAUGCAGUGGCUUUGUUAGCUCAAUGUGCUUGAUUGUUCUUGUUCUAUUGGUUUUCCCAUGCAUUGUUGCCUCACAGACCAUUGUCAAAGAGCUACCUGGUUUUGAUGGUGAACUUCCUUUCUCACUUGAAACUGGAUACAUUGGUGUAGGUGACUCGAACCAGUCGCAACUAUUUUACUAUUUUGUAGAGUCUCAGAGGAACCCUUCAGAAGACCCUCUUAUGAUUUGGCUCACCGGUGGCCCUGGCUGUUCUGUUCUCUCUGCAUUCUUUUAUGAAAGCGGUCCAUUGGCUUUCACUUAUGUAGAUUACAACGGGAGCUUGCCAUCACUUCAUUUCAAUCCAUAUACAUGGACACAGGGCCUUAACAUAAUAUAUGUAGACGCACCAGUGGGCACUGGAUUUUCUUAUUCAACAACCCAAGAAGGUUACUAUAUAGAUGACUAUGAAGCUGUGUCACAAAUUUACCAGUUUCUAAGUAAGUGGUUGCUAGCACACCCUCAAUAUUUUGAGAAUAUUCUUUACGUUGGUGGAGAUUCAUAUUCAGGCAUACCUCUUCCUAUGAUAGUUCAAGAGAUAUUUAAUGGUAACCAAGCUGGAACAUAUCCGUUUAUGAAUCUGAGGGGAUAUGUGCUUGGGAACCCAAAGACAGAUGAUUUUCUUGAUGAUAAUUCAAGAAUCCCAUUUGCUCACCGGUUGACAUUAAUAUCAGAUGAACUCUUUGAGUCUGCCAAAGAAAGCUGCAAUGGCGAUUAUGUGAAUGUAAAUGAGAACAAUACACAAUGUGUAUCAGAUAUUCAAGAAAUUGAUGAGUUGCUUCUUCAAAUAAACCUCAUGCAAGUUCUGGAACCUAACUGUCAAACUGCAUCUCCAAGAUCAGGUAAGGAAUACCUUAACAGAAGAUAUCUCGAAGAGGACAUCGAUGAGAGUCUUCUUGUUCAAACAAAUCCCGCAUAUUGGUGUCGGGAAUAUAAUUAUGUGCUCGCUGGUGUAUGGGCUAAUGAUAAGUCUGUUCGAGCAGCCCUUAAUGUUAGAAAUGGAACCAUUGGUGUUUGGAAAAGGUGCAACAGCAGCAUAGCUUACACAAAGACUGUCUCAAGUACUGUUGAUUAUCAUCGUAAUCUUAGUAACACAAACCUUCGAGCUCUUAUAUACAGUGGUGAUCAUGACUUGUCUGUCACACACCUUGGUACUCAAUAUUGGAUAAGUUUACUGAAUCUAACCCAAUAUGAAAUUUGGCGAACGUGGUAUGUGGAUGGUCAAGUUGCUGGAUACACACAAAAGUUUACAAAUGAUGACUUUGUCCUGACAUAUACGACCGUGCUGGGUGCGGGUCAUGUUGCCCCUGAAUACAGGGCUAAGGAAUGCUAUGCCAUGAUGGAUAGGUGGCUCGCUUAUUUCCCUCUCUGAGCAACAAUUGCCACUUGAAAUUUAUUCACAGUUGUAACAGGGGUUUCUUGAGCAUAAUUUUGUUAGUAUUGUGUUGUAUGUCAUUGAGGCGAAAAUACUGAAAAUUCGUAACUUGAAAAAACCCCACAUCAGAUAAAAUAAUUCAAGAACCAAGGUUAGUUUUGCCAUCGGUUUUUAGAAAUGGUGCAUUGAAACCAGUUUUCUUAUUCUGCUCCUAGACCACUCUAUACUACAGAUAAAUAAGAUAUUGGUUGAGUGGAUUUACCGUUGAGAA